AUGAAUUCAAAUCAUAAUAUGUUAAAAAAUAACUUUACUAAUGCACACACUGGAUACCUAAACAAUGGUAUGCCUGAAAGAUGCCAAGUAUGGGUCGACUUACCAGAAACAAGAAACAUGCUAAAUUCGUCUGUUGGUAAAACUUUCAUAAACAUCCCUUAUGAAAAUUAUGAAUUCGGAUUAAGGAGAAUGUACACAAUUGAUACAGCAGAUCUAACUAACAAACAACAUUUAUGUGCAUUGCCAAAAAUCGAAAAUUCAUUAACGAUGUGUGCAAACAAAAAAAAUCCUGCACAACAUGGAAACAACGGUAAUAAUUACCAUGUAAAUUUGCAUGAAAACAAAAGUUUCAAUGUGCAGGAAAAUCAUAGAUUUCCACAAAAUAACACAAAGGAUGUUGAUAUAAGAAAUCCUACACAUAACUUCCAACAUGUAAAUAGCAUGCCCUCUUUUGGAACUCAAUUCCAUCAUAAGGGUAGGUGUAGUCCUUGUAAAUAUGAAUGGACUCGUGGAUGUCACUUGGGUUCACUUUGCAGAUUUUGCCAUGAUCAAUCUCAUGUUCCUGAAGGAACUCAACGAGUUGUUCCCAACCCUCAAGAGUUAGCUAUUACCAGAGUGAAACCCGAGAAUAUUUUUACCUCACCUAUUUCAAGAAACAAUAAUGCACCCUCUGUAACUAAACCUGCAAAUAUUUUAAAUGGAAAGAAAAAGAAUAGGAAACAUAAAAAGAAUACAAACAAAGGACAACGCACGGGAGGGGAAAAUAAAAUGAACAGUCAGAAAGAAGAAGAAAAAACAAUGAAUAGUAAGAAAGAAGAAGAAAAAAAAACGGAUAGUAAGAAAAAAGAAGACAAAAUGGGUAAUCAGAAAAAGGAAUGCAAAAGAAAUAAUCAGAAAAAGGAGCGCAAAAGAAAUAAUCAGAAAAAGCAACGCAAAAGAAAUAAUCAGAAAAAUGAACGUAAAACAAAUAAUCAGAAAAAUGAAAAUAAAACAAAUAAUCAGAAAAAUGAAAAUAAAACAAAUAACCAGACAAAGGAACAUAAAACAAAUAACCAGACAAAGGAACAUAAAACAAAUAACCAGAAAAAGGAACAUAAAACAAAUAACCAGACAAAGGAACAUAACAUAUAUAAUUGUCCAAGGGGAAAUAAAAUAAAUUACCAAAAUAAUAAAAACUCAAAGAAAAUGAAUAAUGUUGUAAAUGAAAGGAACCCCCAAAAUAUAGGAAAUACUGAAAGAAAUAGAAAUCAAACAAGAAAAAUAAAUUAUAAUGAUUAUACAACAUUAAAUACUUCGAACUGCACGUAUAAUCAUAAUCCUCAUGAAGAUGAUUUCUUAAAUGGUCAUUUGAAUGCAAUCAUAUCAAAUAUAGUUUCGCACAAUGAAGAAAACGAUUUAUCCAGAAUUUUUUGUAUAAUAUUUAAAAGAGAUAAUUCUUUUGAAGAUUAUGAAUGCUUGAAUUUGUUUGUCCCUGAUACAGUUAUUCACCAUAUGAAUAUAUAUCCACUCAACAUGGUACCCAUGAGGAGACACUAG